ACGGCGACAUCCGUUCGGGUGGUGAUCACAAAGCACACGUGCCCCCUACGAACAGACCAAGAACUUCUACCAUCUCCAAACACAUCCGCCAUAGUUGAUUGAAUCUUCUCUGGAAUGGUCAAGAUCAAGUUCAAUGGCGUGGCUUGCGUCCUGGGACUUACUGCAGUGCUAGUGAACAUGAUCACACUACCACUUCGAGGUCUGGUCCUCCCCACUGUCCAAUUGCUCGACACACCACAGGCCCUUCUCGCGUGCGACUACAUUUGCGACAGUGUCAUGCUGACGUUGUUUGUGCUUCAGCUCGUGUGCUGUCGACCCGCGAGUGCUUUAGCAACCACCACCAACCCAACGACGUCCCUUGCUUCGAUGGCCGCAGCAGCAGCAGCCAUCACCACGACAUCCCCUCAGCGCGUUCGCUUGUGGAUCGAAUGCAUCGCGUUCGUUCCAUUAGAUCUCUUUGCGGACGUGAUGAUGGGUUUCCAAGGCAACUUUGGUCUGUGGCGGCUCAACCAUGUGCUGGCAAUUGUGCCGUUUCUUCGGUACCUGCGUAUCACGGAAGGGUACUUUUGGCGCAUGAGUGUGCAGAUGCGCCGCACCAUGUAUAUCCUUACGAUCCUUCCCAUGUGUUCGCACUGGUUUGCAUGCAUUUGGUUCUACAUUGCGUACGUCGAACGCCACGACACGUACUCGUGGACGAACCAGGCCAUGUACCCCCAAUUUUACAACACCAGCACGACCACCAAGUACCUGCGGUCGAUCUACUGGUCGGCGACCAUGCUCACCACGGUCGGGUUCGGCGACGUCACUGCCGUGACCCGCGUCGAGACGUUCAUGUCCAUCUUGGUGAUUUACAUGGGCAUAUUGAUCUCGUGCGCGUCCAUCGCGUGCGUGCUCAAGCUGAUGGAACAUGCCGAUCGCAACCAGAUGGCGCUUCAAGAACGCCUCGACGAUGUCUGCGGGUACUUGGAAUGGCGCAACGCAAGCGACGACCUCGUGGACCGGGCGCUGUCGUCUGUUCGAGCGUCGUUCGUCCCCCAAAUCGAAACCACCCGGGCCGAGUUGGCCACCCAGCUCCCCCACGCAUUGCGCACGCGGCUACAGAUCGAGCACGAAGAAGUGCUCGUGCACACGGUGCCGCGGUUCCAGACAGCCAGCAAGUCCCUCCGCGCCGCCAUCUCCGAGCACGUCGUGUACGUGAGCAAGGCGCCCGGGGACGUGCUCUUGGCCGAGGGGCAGGCGUUGGGCGGUGUUUACCUCCUUCAACGAGGCGAUGCCACGUACGUUCUUGGGGGGGUUGUGGUCAAGGCCUUGGAACUCCACGAGUACUUUGGUGAGGACGCUCUCUUCAGUGCCGACGAAGUUACGCCGUACGCGGUUGUGUGCGACUCGGCGUGCGAGUUUGUGUUUCUUGGACGCAGUCAUUUCCAAGACAUGUGGCAACUGGAGCAAGAUCGGCAUCCCGACGCGGCGAUGGGCGACGAUGUGGACAGUGACGACAGCGGGGGCGGGCACAUUCUGGCCAAACAUGCCGCGACCGCGAUGGACUCGAACGCGGCGACAUCCACCCGACGACGGCGAUGGUGCCGCGUCACAUCGGCGGACUGGCUCCCCAACUCCAUGUUCCGCCGCCUCUGGACGUUGGUGUGCUUUGGCGGGCUACUCUACAACAUCUACGCCGUGCCCCGCGACUGCGCGUUCUUUCGGUCGCACAACCGGUUCGAAGACCCGGAUGCGGAAGCGUUGGUGGACUUAGGCCUCUUCUGGGGAUUCGACCUGCUCUUCCUCGUCGACUUUUUUCUGCACUGUCGACGUUUUUACGUCGAAUACGACGGCCACCUUGUCACAGACAGACGUCGGUUGUUCCGCCGGUACACGCGUUCCUUCUGGUGUGUCAUCGACGUUGUGUCCAUCCUUCCAUUGGAUUUGAUCUGUCUGGGGGGCUGGUAUUCCAUGCGGGACCUCCCCUUCUUUCGCGUGAACAAGAUUGUGCGCCUAUUGCACUUGACCGAGUACUUCGAAGUGGCCGAGGCGCUGUUGCUGUCAAGGUUCCACGUACAUGUGUUUUCUAGGCGUAUCUUCCGCAUCGUGUCCAUCUUGAUCCUGUCAGGGUACCUCGUGGGCUGUUUUUGGUACUACAUUGCUGAAAUCACCGCUGUCGUGUAUCCCGAUGCGAACUGGGUGCACGUGGACCAGUCCAACCCGCGGUUUUACUUUAAAUCGUACGCGCACAACCGGUUCUACGUCCUUCGGUCCAUGUACUUUGGGUACAUUGGCGGGUCGACGCUCGGCUUUGGCGACAUCGUGCCCGUGAAUCCAUAUGAAACCAUGAUUGCCACCAUCAUGCUGCUCUACGGCGCCAUCCUCAAGCCCGCGCUCGUCGGCGGCGUCGCGUCCUUGCUUUUAACCCGCAACAAAACCCAAGUCACGCACCAAAAGAUGCUUGUCGGGUUCAAGUGGCUGGUCACGUCGCACAAGUUGCCUGAAGCAUUGAAGGAUCGCGUGUUGGGGUACUUUGAGUUUAUGUGGGAGCACGAGUAUUACGAGAAGGAAGCAUCCAUCUUGGAGGAGGCCGUACCCGAUCUGAGGUGGGAAAUUGUGCAGACUAUGUGCCGCAACGACGACCCGAACGCGUACUUCUUUCGCCAUGUCAACGAAGACGGGAUGCGCGCCGUGUAUGCAGCGAUGACGCCGCAGCUGUGUAUUCCUCACGAAGUUAUCGACGUUCCCAAAGGGGCGCUGGGCAUUCUUGUGUCUGGCCACAUGGUCGUCCGCUGUGUCGUCACCGCGUUGGCAGGAGAAGGUAGUGACGAUCACGAAAUGGAACUCGACGAGACGGACUCGCUGUUUCGGCGCACGUUUGGGUUGGACACGUUCUUGAGCUUUGGCAUGGAAGCCAACGAAGAAGGAAGGAUUGGUGGCAACCACACAACCAAGACGUCGUUUCGAUCCGGAUCCGACUUUUGCGAAGUGCUGUGGCUCCGUGCCAAGGACGUGGCCGAUAUCUUGGCCAGUCAAAUGUCGACGUGGCAGUCGUUGCGACAUGACAUGCAACUGUCGUUGGAAAGCAACAUUGCCACGAACGACGUCGAGAACGAUGACAACGACGAUCCAGGCGGCGGUGGCAUCGUGGACUUGAUGACCACAACCAUGACCAAGCUCGGAGAACUCCCCACCACGGUGAAAUCGUCCAUGCAAGCGACGCUUGGCCACCUGUCCUGGCCUUCGUCAUCGCACGUCGUCCCGAUGGCGUCCACCCCCCAACUGUUCCCCUUUGAGCCCCCCACCGGCGCUACCUCCGCCGAACGCCCCCCGUCAGCAGCAGCCACAUCGUCCCGCCCUCGCCCGGACCGUCCCAGAAAGAAACACCGCAAGGGCAAAGUUGCCAAGUGGACACCGACGUCGAAAUCGACCCUGGAAAAAGACGCGUUGAUCAAAAGUCGGUUCCAUCCCAAGUCGCGGUUCCGCCGUGUCUUGAACGUGCUUGUGGUGCUCGCAUUGCUCUAUAACGCGUUCCUGGUGCCGUUUCGCCUGGCGUUCUUCUCAUCGUUGCAACCCGUGUCGUAUUUGUAUGGGUUUGUCGUGGAUUACGUCCUCGACGGGCUGUUCAUGGUGGAUAUUGGGAUGAAAUACCGGUACCACCUGCUUCGCCUUCGUCAAGACAAUGCGCUGCUGUCGUUCUCGUUCCACUGGACCGUGUGGCAGUCGCUCAAGUGGGAUAUUGUGUGCGGGUUCCCCGUCGAGGUGUUUGCAAUUGACUUUGUCCGACGGCACCCCGAGAAACUCGUGACUGUGCUCACGGUCUGCCGCAUCCCCAAGGUGUUUCGCCUGCGAUACUUUACGAUCCGGAUCAAAGAGCUGGCCCAAACCGCGUGCCGCAACCGACCGCAAUGGAGCGACUUUGUCGUCGUGUGCCGGUACUUUUUGUUCAUUUUGUUCUUUACGCACUUGUUGGCGUGUGGGUGGCACUACUUGGCGUUCGCGGACAAGGGGUUGUUUCCGUGGUAUACGGACUGUAACUUGCUCGACAAUGUCCACGUCAACGCCGACAGCGCCACGGACGAGGCGUCGUGUUUGUUUGCUGGGACGUGGGUCGAAUACCAGAUCCACGGGCUGUACCUGCCCAAGGACGGGGGGACGAUCUGGGAGCGGUACUCGCGGUGCUUCAACUAUGCGAUUCAAAUGCUGCUGGUCGUGAGCGCCGGCAUCAUCGUGCCCGUCAACAUGGUAGAAACAAUCUUUUGCAUCGGCGCGAUAUUUGCUGGCAUCUUCUUCAGCGCGGGCAAGAUUGGCGUGAUUGGUGAAAUCAUUUUGAAAGUGGACGCUGCGUCCACGUCUAUCCGACAGGCCACGGACGCCCUCGCCAAGUACAUGGCGUUCCACAAGAUGCCCCAACACUUGACCGACAAGGCGCUUGGGUUUAUGGAGUUUUUGUACCGAAAACGGCGCAAACUGUUGUUUCAAGAAGAUGAGAUCAUCGACAUGUUGCCGCGCCAGCUGCGUGACGCCAUUGUCGACCACUGCAAACGCACGCGGCUGGUGCAAAGUGACUUGUUUGCGACGCUGCCGUACGAGGUCGUGGCCGCGAUGGCCAAGCAGUUGAAGCCCCGGGCAGUCGCCCCUGGAGACGUGCUGGUCGAGGCGCAGCGGUACAGUCGCAGCAUGUUCUUCGUCAAGCCUGGAAGUGUGCAAUACCAGGACCCGAGUAUCGCGACAAAACACAGCAAAGCCCUCGAUGUGUUUGGGGCGCGGAGUUUGCUCUUGGACGAACCCCAUCCCCAUACGAUCUGUGCGUGUAUGUUUACCGAAGCAUAUGUGCUACGGGAGACUGGUAUUGAGGCGGUGUUUAGUGACUUCCCCGAGCUCAAGCAGCAACUCAUCGAUCGGAUCGAUGAUACCAAGACCGACGACCUAGUCAACGACGACGUGGUUCUUGUGGCGGAGGCGUCGUCAUCUAUGACUGUGGACGUCAAGUCGGACGACGAAGAAGCCGCCGCCACUCCGAUGGGGAGGGGAAGAAGUCUGAGCGACAGUCGGGACGAAUCGGCAUUGUCUGGGGCCACCAUCGCGCGCACAUGGACCGAGCCGGACUCGCGAUUCCGCCGCGCGUGGGACGGUGUGCUGUUUUGGACGACGCUGUACAUUUUGAUCAUGCUGCCUCUGCGCGCCACGUACCUCGUGGAAGAUCGUGUGGACACGGUGCACGAGCUGGCCGUGUGGUACGGAGGCGACGUCUUGGCGCAGUUGUUGUACGCGCUGGAUACGUAUUGGAGCUACAACCACUUUGCCUUUAUGGACCACUCGAAAAUGAUUCGCCAUCGGCUGAAAAUCCGCGAAAACUACCGGUCCUACUUGCUCCUGGACAUCGUGUCCAUCGCGCCGUACUGCCUCGGGUCGUUUGUUGUCGGGUUGCCGGCACUCAAGUUCCUGGUCAUGCCGCUACUGCUGCGUGCGAAGCGGUUCCCGCGGUACUUGCGCCGAUUUUCGCGCAACUUUCAGUUCUUUGUGUGCCGACUGAGCGGCAGCAUGCUCCACAUAUUGCACUGUAUCCUGUACUACGUAAUCAUGGUGCACUGGUGGGCCUGUCUAUGGAUGUUUCUGCAUCGGUACGUUGAAAAGCACUCGGCAUUGACGUGGGCUGUGCGCGAUCCAUACAUGGGCGGCGGCAAGUUGUCCGUGUGGGACCCACAGACCAACACCCACAACAUUUGCACGUCCAUGAUCGACUGUUAUGUUCGUGCGUAUUACUUUGUGAUUACGUUCAUCGGGACCGUGGGGCUGGGCGAUAUUCGCACGGGGGGGCAUUUGGAGUACUUUUUCGAAAACGUCGAGGCGCUGUGCGGGUCGUUCUUGUUUGCCGCACUCACGUCGUGUUUUGCCUCGUAUUUUCAGUACGCUGACACGUUUGGAAAAGGCGCGACGCAGGCCAAGUUAAGUACGUUGGCCAGCUACUUUCGAGUGGCGCACACGACCAAGCCGACGGCUCGGGCGAUCGUGGCCAACAUGAAGCUGUGGUGCCAUCGCACGGGUGGGGGCCUUGUUGAGCAUGCCGUCGCGGCGUACUUGCCCGUGCCCCUACGGGUAGAGAUGGCGACGUUUGUGACCCGUCGCCUCCUCUCGACGUCACCGGUGCUGUCGUCCGUCGACAGCUAUAUCCGCGACCUGCUCGUCCUGACGCUGCAUUUUCAAGUUGUGCUCGCGGGUGCGUCGAUGUACGACGCCGGCGACAGUUUGGACGAAGUCGCGUUCGUGUCCACCGGCAGUGUGAAACUCGUCGUCCUCGUGACGAAGGGUGGCAAUGACGACAACGGCCACCACGACCUCAUGGUAACGUCGGCAUGUUCACAUGACACACGGGUCGUGGUGGGUGACGCCGGCUGCCACGUCGGUCGGGCCGAAGCCGGGCCGUGUCUACAUGCCGUCGCCGCCCUGGAACACGUCGAGCUGUACGUGCUGGAUGCGACUGGCAAGCGCGACGUGCUGAGCCACAUGCCUCGCGAGAGUCGGCAGGCGUUUCUGGCACACCUGGAUGCGACAUCGUUGCAUGCGAGUAUGGAGAAUCAGGGUGGGGAUGUACCUACGACGAGGCAUGGUGUGUGUGAGAUGGGACUGAACCGAGAAGACGAAGAUGAGAUCAGUGACGACGACGAUGACGACGAAGGCAAUGGCCCGACGUGGCUUGCGCUGCCCCAGUCGUUUUUUAAAUGAUAACUCAAGACCGCGCAUAUUGCA